GCACUCGGCGUUCACGUUCGGUAUCGAGAGCCACAUAAGCCAGUCCAACAUCAAUGGGACUCUCGUGCCGCCGGCUGCCCUCAUCUCCAUCCUGCAGAAGGGCCUGCAGUAUGUGGAGGCCGAGAUCAGCAUCAACGAGGUGGUUGUGUCGUUUUCCAUAUCCAUGCGCACAUCGCCAGCUGUGGACUGACGUCACACUACGUUGCCAAAUGGGAAAAACACGCAGCAGAUCCGCAGCUGCUUUAUACGUUCAUCCCUGGGUAUGCACCUGGGAUUGGUUCCACGACCUGCCGCAGGUACCAAAACCCGUAGUGCUCGGGUCCCACAGUUGGCCCUCCUGUAUCCGCAGAUUCCACAUCCGCGGAUUCUAGCAGCCGCGAAUGGUAAACGUAGUAGUAAAUGUGUUGAAAAAAAAAAAAAUCCACGUAUAGUGGACCUUGCCAGUUCAGACCUGUGUUGUUCAAGGGUCAGGGGUACUUCAGGACAGGUGUGGGCCUUGCACGUGCACAGAAGACGCCCUCCCCCCCUGGAAUAUUUUGAGCAGUUCAGUCGAAGAGGGAUCCUGGGAAACAUUUGCCUAGAAUCUGUGGUUCGUGUGGACCCGACAGAGGGCACAGCCAGAGACCACGGAGGACAGAUGAGGACUGUUGUGUUCGAGAGGAUUCCAAGGGAUGGUUUUGUUACCCGUUGAAGAGCUGCAGGGGAAGGGGGCAGUUGUAUCCAUAAUUAUAAAUUUAAGUCACUCCAAUUUGUUUGUGUCCCCUCCCUCUUUAUAGAUUGGGGCACAGUGUUCCCUCCCUCUUUAUAGAUUGGGGCACGAUGAGUCCUUGGGCCAACUUCAUACCAAUUUUUAAAUGGGCUCUUUUGGUUGAAAACAGUGCCCGUCUCCCCUGUUCUAUUUUGCUCUUGGGAUCGUACUGUGAAGAUGCCCGGGGCCUCCUGUGAUGUCCAAGGCCUCCCUUGCAUCUCGGUCUGAGCCCCUCUUACUUUCACCGCACUUCCCGCCGUCUCUCCUUCUUUCUGCCCUCGUUUCUCCCACCUCGGUCUGGCACGCUGCUCUGCCCCAACUUCCCGUCUCCUGUCACGGUCCAUCCUGCACAGCUGACGCCGUCCACUGCCCACAUGCCCCUCUUUACCACCAAGUGUCCCCUUCCCGGGUCACACCACCCUCGGGCCCAAGAUCUUCCUGAACCCUUCAGUUUCCUCCAUCCCCUCUCCUUCUGUACUGCUCUCACCCUUACAAGCCUGUCUUUUUUUUUCUUUUCUUAACAUCUUUAUUGGAGUAUAAUUGCUUUACAAUGGUGUGUUAGUUUCUGCUGUGUAACAAAGUGAAUCAGUUAUACAUAUACAUAUGUCCUCAUAUCUCUUCCCUCUUGCGUCUGCCUCACAAGCCUGUCUUAUGCAUAGCGUUUAACUCCACUUUCUCUUCAGCUUUUAAAACUAUGGAAGGAAUGUAUCUUGUGUUCUGUCACGUGUAUUCCUCUGCUGUUUUCCAAAACCCCACAUCCUUAAAAACACCUGAGUGUCUGCCUACCCUGCGCUCUUUCUUGCCUAACAACGGGCAGUCUCCUCUUUCCUUGUCUUACAUUGGGUGCCUGGGAUCUUCCACCAGCAACUUGAGGCCCUGUCGCGUCUCUCUUUCCACAAAACAAACAAGUGUGGGGAUAGGGUUACAGGACCCCAGAGGCCCCACCGGCUCUCAGAUUGUGUGAUGCUGAGUGAGAUUGGAUUUCCCUUCCCCCUGCCUCUGUGGCCCCCUGCCCCAGUUUCCACGUCUUUCAUCCGCGGAGAGGCCCCCAUACCUUCUCUCUCUUGGCAAUUCAAAGUCCAGUGUGUCCAGAGGAGAACGAAAGGUCAUCUCAUUUGUCACUUAGGUUUCGGGUAGUUAAAAGUGAGACAGUGUGCUUUUAGAGCUUAAACUAGAAGGUUUUUUGUCACCCUGGGCAGUUACAGCCUUUUGCAAAAUCAUCAUCCACUUGGGGCUUGAAUAUACGAAGAAGGAAGGUGACGUAGAAGCCGGCUGACCCGUUGGUCAGCACUGGCCCCUCCGUGGCUGGAACCCGGGCAGCUGUGAGGUGACUGGCUCCUUUUCCCAUGUUCUCUGUUAUUUUAUGUUGUUUCCCUGAUUUUCAAGUAUUGUAUAGUAACCUGUAGUCAGCUGGGGUGAUGUUUCAUUCACACGCUGUGUUGCUGAAACUUAGGUCCUUCAGUUCUUCCUGAUUUAUGAGAAAACAGGCUAAAACGUGUUUGCACGUCCCGUAGACACACUGAGAGGCUCUGAGUUUCGUGUGAGUGAUAUCUGGAACGCUUUCUAAGGAAAGAACUCCCUCCUGUGUUGCUAAGUGUGUAUGGAAAUGUUUUCAUUAUCUAUGGAAGCCAGAGACUCCAGGGAAGUUCGGAAAACAGGAAUUGUAACUAAACAAUGCUGUUGUUAGAAUAUCGUGGCCGUGUUAGUCUGUGCCCUGAUCCCAGGAAGUCAUUUCAGAUGGUAGCAGAUGUGUGUGUUUUAUAGUACAUCAGACGGACAGAUGCGUUAGGAAUCAUAUCGUGAGCGGUGCGGGAAUGUCUCAUUUGGGCCUGCGGUCUCCGAAGAGAUGUCUGUCCUAUCAAAGGAGAGCGGUUCCACACUUGUCAGAGCGCCUGGGCGGGGUUUCCCACCCUCGGCACUCUUGACACUUGGGGGCCAGAUCAUUCCUUGCUCCGGGGCUGUCCUGGGCCCUGGGGGGUGUGGAGUAGCGUCCCUGGUCUCCACCCGCUAGACGCCAGGAACACCUCCACAGUCGUGACCACCAGAAAUGCCUCCAGACUUGACCACAUGUCCCCCGAGGGGGUAGAAUCGCCCCCCUGUUGAGGACAGUGCGUCAGGGGUAGCCCUGUUGUCGUGACAGGAAGUAUCCGGAUGCAGGACGGCACGGUGUUCGACGGCCGCCCGAUAGAGUCGCUGUCCCUGAUUGACGCGGUGAUGCCCGACGUGGUGCAGACGCGGCAGCAGGCCUUCCGGGAGAAGCUGGCGCAGCAGCAGGCCAGCGUGGCGGCCACGGCGGCGGCGGCGGCCCCGGCGGCCCCGACGGCCCCGGCGGCCGUUUCCCAGCAGAACCCACCAAAGAACGGCGAGGCCACGGUGAACGGGGAAGAGAACGGAGCGCAUGCGAUAAAUAAUCAUUCGAAACCAAUGGAAAUAGACGGAGACGUGGAGAUUCCACCCAAUAAAGCCACCGUCCUUCGGGGCCAUGAGUCUGAGGUGUUCAUCUGUGCCUGGAACCCUGUCAGUGACCUCCUGGCUUCCGGAUCUGGAGAUUCAACCGCAAGGAUAUGGAACCUCAACGAAAACAGCAACGGGGGCUCCACGCAGCUCGUGCUGAGGCACUGUAUACGGGAGGGGGGGCAUGACGUCCCCAGUAACAAAGACGUCACCUCGCUGGACUGGAACAGUGACGGCACACUGUUGGCUACAGGUUCCUAUGAUGGUUUUGCAAGAAUAUGGACGGAAGACGGUAACCUGGCCAGCACCUUAGGCCAACAUAAAGGCCCCAUCUUUGCCUUGAAAUGGAACAAGAAGGGGAAUUACAUUUUGAGUGCUGGAGUAGACAAAACAACAAUAAUUUGGGAUGCCCACACAGGAGAGGCCAAACAGCAGUUUCCGUUUCAUUCCGCCCCUGCCCUUGACGUGGAUUGGCAGAACAACACUACCUUUGCUUCGUGUAGCACAGACAUGUGUAUCCACGUCUGCAGACUCGGCUGUGACCGCCCGGUCAAAACGUUCCAGGGACACACAAAUGAGGUCAAUGCCAUCAAAUGGGACCCUUCUGGGAUGUUGCUAGCAUCCUGCUCUGAUGACAUGACAUUAAAGAUCUGGAGUAUGAAGCAGGAUACGUGUGUUCAUGACCUUCAAGCUCACAGCAAAGAAAUAUAUACCAUAAAGUGGAGUCCCACCGGGCCAGCCACCAGCAACCCCAACUCCAACAUCAUGCUAGCAAGUGCUUCGUUCGACUCUACAGUUCGACUGUGGGACGUGGAGCGGGGUGUUUGCAUCCACACACUCACCAAACACCAGGAACCAGUCUAUAGUGUAGCUUUUAGCCCCGACGGGAAGCACUUGGCCAGCGGCUCCUUUGACAAGUGUGUGCACAUCUGGAACACUCAGAGCGGAAGUCUCGUCCACAGCUACCGAGGCACCGGCGGCAUCUUCGAGGUGUGCUGGAACGCCCGAGGGGACAAAGUGGGCGCCAGCGCAUCGGACGGCUCCGUGUGUGUCUUAGAUCUGCGAAAGUAAACACGAAGUAUUUUAGAAACAAGAAGAGAAUUCUAACGGACCAGCAGUGAAUGUGUGGGGUUGUAGCACUAUUCAAACACGAUUCUGUCAGCUCCAAAACUGUAUGAACUUGACCUUAGAGUGUACUUUGAAAUCAACUCAUCCCUGGCCACAGGAGUCUCUAUUUUUUUGUAAUCUUUAUCAAGAAGUUUAAAGCAAAAACAUACACACAGUCAUAUCAAAGGGGGAAAAGAAUGGUUUCCACCUGGAACAUUCAGCCUGGGAAGCACGAAGCCACCAGCUAGACAGUGCACGGUUUGGUUUCCAUCCAGAACAGGCUCUGAUGGCUGAGAGGAAAAGAAAAAAAAAAAAAACUGUGCCAAAAAGAAAAAGAAAAAAAAUGCUGUGAUAAACCAAAGGGGGGUGGGGAACUCCUCACGUGGUGGGUUUUUUUUUUUUUUCUUCCUAAAAAUUUGGACACUACAGUUAACUCUCACCAGGAUGUUCAAAGACCAGUUUGUACGGAUGACACGGGCAGCUUUGUAAUCCCAACACUUUCUAUUUUCUAGACUCUUUGUCACGUGGUUUUUCUAUGGGCUGGAAUCCUGUCGUCUGGGGGCCUUGGGUCUGAGGUGGAAACUGUUUUGGGUUUGUUGCUUCUUUGCUGAUGUCGCCUGCCCCCUCCACCUCCUUCCUUCCUUCCUUCCUUCCUUCGUGGUCCUGGUUGGCAUCACGCCCUCACAGAGUCUCUGACAGGCGGGGCUUUCUCGCCCUCCCCUCCCCUCCCCCCUCCCCCUCGCGCACUCUCUCCGCCCGUUCCUCAUAGUUGCUUCCCAUCUUAGGUCUCAAGGGCACUUUUGGCGCAUAAUAAGUGCUUUAUGUAAGAAGGCAGGGCAGGGGGACUUUUUACAGGAGGAAGAAAAAAAUAAGUGACUUAUAAGAGAAAGAACCCAGAGUAUUUUUGGAGAAAAAAAAAUAUUUUUAUGUUAAAACAAUUUUAAAAUCCUAAAAUGGCCAUCAGACAUAGAGAGCUUUGUGUGAUUCAUAUUUAAAAAAAUAAUAAAGUUUAGGAAGACACAGGCAGGGUCUGAGGUAGCUUUUUCCCUUCACUUUCAGCCUGUCGAGAGGCAGUGAGGAAUCUGUGUGGGAAGGGGCCAGCUCUGGGGUUGGCGUUGGGACUGUUCUACAGCAGAGAGGAAACUCCGGGCCCUUCCAGCUCGAAGACGACCUUGGCGUGUUUCAGGGUGUGUUGACCACAUAGUAGGCGGCAGGAGAGACCUGGAGAAGCGUGCCUUUGGACCCAAGAAGUGUUCCCAGGACCAGCGGCGUGGAAGGGGCCGUCACAGCCGUCCACUGGGCAGGAUGCCACCUGGCAUCGUUCGGGCCGCGGGGCCACCUGUGGUCCCCCCACCAAGAGCACCUCGGCGGGUCCUUGCACAGCUGACGGGACGGGCUCCAGGAUCUCACUGGGUCUAAUAUCGACAAAAACGAACAGGGAGAGAGGUUUUCGGUCCUGAAGGUGAAUUCCGUAGGUAGAGUGUCACUAAUAAUUUCUGUCCCCUUCAUAGCUUCUUCCUCUUGCAACAGAGGAGGAGAAAGGUUUUCUUUUUGUAAUAAUGAAUCUUUUUACUGUUUUUAAAAAAUUAAACGUGGCUUUGUGUUCCUA